AUGAUUUCCUACUAUGGCCGCCUCACCCAGAUGUUUUUUGUUCAUGGAGUCUUUGCCACAGAGUCAGCUGUUCUGUUGGCCAUGGCUUUUGAUCGCUAUGUGGCCAUCUGCUGUCCACUUCAUUAUGCAUCCAUCCUCAAUGCCACCAUGAUUGGGAAGGUUGGUGUAGCAUGUGUGAUUCAUGGUCUUCUCUUUGUUUUCCCCUUUGUCAUCUUCAUUGAAUGCUUACCCUUCUGUGGACAUCACAUCAUUCCCCACACCUACUGUGAGCACACGGGCAUAGCCAAGCUUGCCUGUGCCAGCAUCAAGCCCAACACCAUUUAUGGUCUCACUGUGGCACUUUCAAUCACUGGCAUGGAUGUGGUCCUCAUUGCCACCUCUUGCCUCCUGAUCCUGCUGACUGUGCUGCGCCUGCCCUCUAAGGAUGCUCAGCUCUGAGCAUUCAGUACUUGCAGAGCCCACAUUUGUGUGAUUCUUAUUUUCUGUAUUCCUGCCUUUUUUUUCCUUUUUCACUCACCGUUUUGGCCACCAAGUAGCCCCUCACGUCCACACUCUACUUGCAAAUCUCUAUCUCCUUGUGCCUUCUGUUCUUAACCCCCUGGUCUAAGGCAUCAACA